AUGGCGGCCAUGGCCACUGGACCCAUGCAGGUGACCCCAAGCGUCGCGCUACGCAGCCGACAUUCUGGACAAAGCCGCCAGUUCUCACACAGCGGGCAUAAGGUUUUCGGCCACAGGCAGUGCCGGCAGCUUGCUCUUCCCAGUUUCAGCGUCUUGGCGGUGGCGUCGGCUGGAGCUUGGCGAGCCCGGACCCGGCAAACUCGGCAAGCCAACAAGGUGGUGCUUGCUGCUGUGGGGCGCUCUGGAGGUGUUCUGCAGCCCGAGUGGGCGGCCGCGCUUCGCAAUGGAGCGGCCAACCCAUCAAUCGCAACAGAUACGGCAGAGGGUCCCCUUGGCUUCGACCUCGUCGGAGGGCCUGCGGAGGGAGAAGGUGACAUCCUUCUGUAUCUUCCCGACAUCGACUUCACAGCAACGGUGCCAGCUGUGCAAUUCCCUGGCCUUGUGGAUGGCGGCUUCGAGCUCUGGCGCUGCUUUCUUCCCAAGAGCGACCGGAAGACCGGCUUCGCUGAGCUGGCCCAAGGGGUGGAGGAGUGGCUGCGCGGGCAGAUCGCGCGCAACCGCAAGGUCGUGCUGCUUGGCGAUGGCUUCGGGGGUCUGCUGGCUCUGGCGGCCGCCCUCCGCCUUGGUCGUGCGUUGAAGGGGCUGGUGCUCGUGAACCCCUCCACUGGUCUGGCGCAAAAGCCCUGGCAAAGUCUCGGUCCGGUUCCUGUGAAGCCGCUGGUGGAGCUUUUGAAAGGGGCCCCGGCUUUUGGAGGCCAAGCGACCUUCGAGGCGGGGCUGGGAGAUCUUGUUGUCAAGGCAGCCACAAGUGCAGCAGGCUUUCGGUCAGCUUCCCUGGCUGCACGGAGUGGGACGCUGGACUUUCGGCUUAGGGCUUGGCUUCGGGACGGCUGGGAAGCUGUGUCCUGUGACUUGCGGCGGCCAGCCUUCCGAUGCUCUUUGCCAGCGACGCUCUUGGCCGUGUCCAAGGAUGAUACGCUCCUGCCUUCUCUGGCUGAAGCAGAGGAGCUCACGCCUUUGCUGCAGGAGCGCUGCUUGACAGGCAGGUUGCAGGUCAAGGAGCUGGAAAGCCGCAGCCACGAGCCCCUAGCCAGCGACCUCGACUUUGCAAAAGUCCUGCGGGAGUCUCCGAUCUACGCGUACAAGGACCCGAUCUCAGGCUUCGAAUGCCCGAGCCUGGAUGAGCUGGAAGCUGGCUCCAAGGACGUGGAGAGACUCGCCUCGGUGGUCUCGCCUGUGUUCUGCAGCUUUGACGCCGCUUCCCCCUCGCGACGCUCCUUCGGCUUGGAUGGGGUGCCCACCCCGGCUGAGGUCGGUCAGCGCCCGGUGCUCCUGGUGGGAAACCACCAGAUUGCAGGCCUCGACCUUGGGCCGCUGGUGCGCGAGUUUCUGGUGGCCAGGGGCGUGGUUGCCAGAGGCCUGGCCUACCCCGGUGCCAUGCGCCGCAUGAGCCAGAGAGGCCCUUCGCAGUUCCAGACCUUCGGCGCGGUCCCUGUUUCCCCUCGGAAUAUCUUCAAGCUCCUCCAGCAAGGGGAGAUGGUGCUUCUGUUCCCAGGUGGGGUCCGCGAGGCUCUACAUGGCCCAGGGGAGGAAUACACGCUCUUCUGGCAGAGCAAGACGGACUUUGUCCGAGUAGCAGCCCGAUUUGAUGCUGUGGUGGUGCCCUUUGGUGGAAUCGGGGCCGAUGACAAUGUCCAGGUUCUGGGCAACUCCAGGGAGCUCCGAAGCAGAGCAGAGGAGCUGCUGCCGUUCAUGGCUCGGAGCCAGCCGAAGUCUGGUGGCCUCAUGCCAGUGUCAGAGUCCCUGGAGGCAGGCACGAGUGUGCCCUUCUUGGCACCGCCGCUGUCGCUGGCAACCCAGUCUAGUCCGGGUAUCGGGGACCGCUUUUACUUCAGCUUCGGCAAGCCGGUUGACUUGAAGGAGGUGAACCCGAAGGACCGAAGCGCCUGUGACAAGGCCUACGCAGACAUUCGCCAAGCCGUAGAACAGGAGAUGGAGUGGCUUCAGCGGGCACGCCUGGAGGAUCCCUUCCGGGAUCUUCUCCGGCGCCAAGUUUUCGAGCGCGUGGCUGGCCUCGAGCCCGCCGGCAGGCGCAUUCCGGCGGGACCCCUGAAAGGCAAAGUCGUGAAGACCUGCGCCAGCCGGGCUCCGUCAUUCCCGGUGGAGGAGCUGCCGCCGCCCCAAGCAGACUCCGAUUCAGACGCCAAGUGA